GGUAGACAAUGUCGAUUACCAGCGUAGCUUUAAGCCCUGCAAUUGAAAAGUCUGCUGCUUCCAAUGAAAAUUUUCCGUCUAGAUAUGGACAGAUUAUAAGCGACUCAAUCUUAAUUUUUCUCUCUGUCACUGGGUCUAUCAUUCCCAUGCGCAUAAUGGAGUCCGAUUCCAUUGCUUCUGUGAAGCUGAGAAUUCAGAAUUCGAAAGGGUUUUUUGUGAGGAAGCAGAUGCUAGUUUUCAAAGGGAGAGAACUAGCUCGGAAUAAUUCUCGUGUCCAGGACUAUGGGAUUGCCAAUGGGAAUGUAUUGCAUCUGGUGUUAAAGUUUUCAGAUCUCAUGGCUAUCACUGUUAGGACUGUAUGCGGUAAGAAGCUUGAGUUUCACAUUGCAAGGGGUAGAAAUGUGGCAUAUGUGAAGGAACAAGUUGCUAAGAAGGGAAAAGGAUAUUUUAAUCUCAAGGAUCAGGAACUGGUAUGUGAUGGUGAGGAGCUUGAAGAUCAGAGACUAAUUACUGAUAUCUGCAAAAAUAAUGAUGCAAUGAUUAACUUACUGGUUAGAAAGUCUGCUCAGGUACGUGCUGUAACCAUUGAAAGAGAUUUUGAAGUUUCCAUCGAGACAUCACCUUUAAAUGAGGAGCCAGAUGCCGUGGGACAUUUCCUUGGCAGCACACCUUCUGUAAAGCAUCAGGUCAGGGAGAGGACGAUACUGCCGAGAGAUUUCAUUUUGGAGCCUCUGGCUGUUAAUUCUAAGGUUCAACUGCCGUUAGUUACUAAAGAACUAAUUGACCUAACUUUUGAUGGACUAGAGAGAGGCAAUAGCCCUAUCCGGUCUUCAGAAGGUUCAGGCGGAGCUUACUUCAUGCAAGACUCAUCGGGUCGGAAGUAUAUCGCAGUAUUUAAGCCUAUUGAUGAAGAGCCAAUGGCUCUAAAUAACCCUCGUGGCCUCCCCUUAUCGCUAGAUGGUGAAGGGUUGAAGAAAGGAACACGUGUUGGAGAAGGAGCACCAAGGGAAGUUGCAGCUUUCCUUUUGGAUCAUCCAAUACCUGGACCUCGCUCUUAUGGUAAUGGAGAGAAGGGCUUUGCCGGGGUUCCUCCUACUGUUAUGGUCAAGUGUCUGCAUAGAGGGUUCAAUCACCCUGAAGGUUAUGAGUAUGAUUCCAAGUAUAUUAAGAUUGGAUCACUGCAGAUGUUUAUUGAUAAUGUUGGAAGUUGUGAAGAUAUGGGCCCUCGUGCUUUCCCAGUAGAAGAGGUUCACAAGAUCUCUGUGUUGGACAUAAGGUUGGCAAAUGCAGAUAGGCAUGCUGGAAACAUACUAGUCACAAGAAAUUGCGAGGAAGACCGAGUUUCACUUGUUCCCAUUGAUCAUGGCUACUGCAUGCCUGAGAAUUUUGAGGAUUGCACAUUUGACUGGCUCUACUGGCCUCAAGCUCAAGAACCUUAUUCACCUAAUGUCAUUAAUUAUAUUAAGUUGCUGGAUGCUGAAAAAGACAUUGAACUUUUGAAGCUUCAUGGAUGGGACAUGCCGCCAAAGUGUGCACGCACAUUUCGCAUUUCCACCAUGCUUCUGAAGAAAGGCGUUGAGAGAGGACUCACACCCUUUUCCAUUGGAAGAAUCAUGUGCAGGGAAACACUGAAACAGGAGUCGGUGAUUGAGCAGAUCAUUAGAGAAGCAGAGGAAGCUCUGGUCCCAGGAAUGAGUGAUGGUGCAUUCUUCGAAACUGUGGCAUUGAUCAUGGAUCAGCAUCUCGAUGAACUAACCCCAUAAGCCGUGAGGCGAUUAGCUAGGUACCUUUACAUAUAUGCAUUUUCUACAUGCAAAUCUACUGCAGAACGAUGAUGGUAGUCCAUAGUUUUAGUUAAGUGGUCAUUACAUAAGUUCUGUGUAAUAUAU